AUUUGCCAAAUUUAAUUUUAACCUCUGUAUCGAAAAUGUAUAUUUUUAAACCAUAGCAAUUAUAAAUAUAUUUGUGACACCAUUUAAAGAAUUAUUAUCAUAAUUAUAGUUUAGUUAUCACAGAGAAUGUGACUGAUUAACUUUUAGGUGUGUCUUAAACGAAUACUCAUGUAAUGAAAGCCAAAACCGCAAUGAUACCAAUGGGAACUAUCAACUGGUUGUUUGUGUGCGGGCUGGCAUUUUGCUUGGGCGGAGUUGUAGUGUUGAGUCUUAUGCCAUUGAGUUCAGAUUGUAUUUGCCCAUUGAGCCGCGGCCAAAAGAAAACCAGCUCUGAGCUGUACAAAGUUCAUGACGAAGUACAAGCUACGAUACCAAAAUCUGAGCACAAACUAGCAGUGUUAGUACCAUUUCGAGAUCGAUUCGAAGAGUUGCUUCAAUUUGUGCCACACAUGACAAAGUUCCUCAAAAGACAGGGAAUAGUGCAUAAAAUAUUUCUACUCAAUCAGGUGGAUCGAUAUCGAUUUAAUCGUGCUUCACUCAUCAAUGUCGGCUUCCGCUUUACAAGUGAAGUUUAUGAUUAUAUUGCCAUGCAUGAUGUAGACUUGUUGCCGAUGAAUGAUGCAUUGCUAUAUAAAUACCCAAGUGAUGCAGGUCCACAUCAUAUUGCAGCACCUGAAUUGCAUCCGAAAUAUCAUUACGAGACGUUUGUGGGUGGUAUUUUAUUAGUACGUUGUGAACAUUUCAAAGAAGUUAAUGGUAUGUCUAACAAAUACUGGGGCUGGGGCUUGGAGGAUGACGAAUUCUAUGUUCGUAUUCGUGACGCCGGUUUGAGGGUCACACGGCCAGAGAAUAUUAAAACAGGUGUCAAUGACACAUUUAGUCAUAUACAUAAUCGGUACCAUCGAAAGCGUGAUACGCAAAAAUGUUUUAAUCAAAAAGAAGUAACUCGAAAAAGAGACCGUGAAACUGGUCUCAAUACGCUUAAUUAUAAAAUCUUGAAAGUUCACGAGAUGGCCAUAGAUGGUAUUAACAUAACAGUUUUAAAUAUAUUGCUCGAAUGUGACUUCAAAGAAACGCCAUGGUGUGACUGUGCCGGUAACGCUGUGGCUGCAUCUGCUGUGUCGACAUGAGUGUACGUAAGGAAUGAACUGUGCUAUAAGCUCGUAACGCAGCUGUCAUAAUUUAUUUAAUUUUUUUGAAUUUAUUGAUUUUAAAAUGCACGAUAUAGUUUUUUAGUUAAAUAAAUAUUAUGUUUCAUUAUGAAAAGUAAAAUGAAACUUAAUUUAAUACCUACCCAAACUACUAUUCUUUACAACAUAAUUG